CUAUUCAAAGUAUUAGUCACAGCGAUUUGUUUGGUUUAAUAAGAUUUAUUCACCACUUUAUAUAACGGUUUGGUUUACUAUUAUUAUUAUUGACUUAAUGUAAUUAACUUUGGUUUUUGAAUGUAACGCUUUUGCACCGAUAGCUCACAAAUAGUAUUUUUUUGUUUGUUUGUUAAACCGUAUAUUGAAAAAAGUCUUUAAACCAUAACAUUGUCGUCACUAAACAAAUCCUAAAAACAUUAUUAUUAUUAUUAUUGACAGCAAAACGUGUGUUAAAUUUAUUGCAAUCAAUAUUUGUAAAUCUUAAGAAAACUGUGGUUUUAAAAGAAUAAAUAAGUCAUGUAUUCAUCGCCGAAGUACAAGAAUUCUAAUACAAAAAGCAGUUCCAGUUAUUCCUACAGUAAGAAUAGCGGUACAGAUCCAACAAGACGUACAGAAUAUUCUUCGAGUAGUUCAAAGAAACGCCAGUAUAAGGAACCAAUUGUUAGACAAUAUGGUUAUUUCGAUGAGAUUAACGAAACUUAUGACUCGCAUUCAGCCAUCGAUGACAAGAUAAACGAAUCGAUGAGUAUGUUAGACAAACAGUACGAAUCGUUUAUUGAUGAUUCCGUGUCUGAAGAUUCAUUUAACAAGUAUCGAGAAGAUAACUAUGAAGACAAUUACAAAAACAAAUAUGAAGAUAAUUAUAAAGACAAAUAUGAUAACAGAUAUGAAGAUAAAUUUGAUGACAUAUAUGCUGAUGAGGAUGAAAGCAAUAUUGAUAAAUAUGAUAACAUCUAUAAAGAUAUUUAUGAAGAUAAUUACGAAAGCAGUGGUAGUAAUUACGACAAGAAAUAUGAUAUCGAUAACUAUGAGAACAAAUUUAGCGGUAAUUUUUGGGCCGACAAAAGCAACACUUACUUUGAGGACACAGAUCGUCAUUAUUUGAAACCUAGUACUGACUACCGAUCGUUAGCCAGUCUCAGUCCUCUGCCAACUACUAAAACCGAAAAGCGUGUCCAUUACGAUCUAAACAGUAGCGGUUCCUCCCGUUCCUAUUCGCCAAUAUAUCCAAGAGCUAUGACUCCUUACGGCGAUGAUGGCGAUAACUAUAUCAUACACCCGUAUCGUAGUAAUACACCUCUAAUAUUGCACGAGAAAGUGGGCGCACCCUUUCAUCAUCUAACCACCGGUGGUGAUGGUAUAUGGAGUUCACACGGCCCAAACUCAUCCUACAGAAGCACUCUAUCAUCUGACAGCUCUGAUUUGACAACCCGUAAACCACAGUUUGUUCCAAUCACCCGAUUGGACGACGUCCAGGCCAUACGGACUGCCGAAUUUCAUCCGAAUGGACAGCUUUACGCCAUUGGAUCGAAUUCUAAGACAUUGCGAAUAUGCGAAUACCCGAAAGCACACGAACUACGAGCUCUGAAAGAGGAGCACAUCCCUCGCCCACCAAAUGUCAUCACAAAACGUUCAAAGCAUCACAAGGGAAGCAUUUAUUGUCUGGCCUGGAAUGCAACGGGCGAUCUAUUGGCCACCGGUUCCAAUGAUAAGAGCAUCAAAAUGAUGAGAUUUGAUCCGUCGACUAACGAAUUGGUUGGUGGAGAAGCUGAGCUAACGAUGCACGACGGGACAGUUAGGGACAUGUGCUUCAUGGAGGACAUGACCAAUCAUUCAAGUUUAUUGAUAUCCGGUGGUGCCGGCGAUUGCAAAAUAUAUAUAACCGAUUGCGAAACGAUGACACCAUUCCAGGCACUCACUGGCCAUUCAGGAAAUAUCCUGUCGCUGUAUACAUGGGGUGGUGCUAUGUUUGUUAGUGGAUCUCAAGACAGGACCAUACGAUUCUGGGAUCUAAGAACCAGAGGAUGUGUUAACCUAAUUACAGCACCGCCUGCAACGGGCAAAGGGCCGGGAAGUGCUGUGGCAGCUGUUUGCGUUGAUCCGUCCGGUAAGCUAUUAGUUUCGGGACACGAAGACUCCAAUUGUAUGCUAUACGACAUACGAGGGGGUCGUAUAAUACAGACAUUCCAACCGCAUUCCUCUGACAUCCGAACCAUACGAUUCUCAAACAAAGCCUACUAUCUGUUGACCGGCGGCUACGACAACAAAAUCGUUUUGACUGACCUACAGGGCGACCUCACACAGCCGUUGCCCAGUAUUGUUGUGGCCGAACAUUCCGAUAAAGUGAUUCAGGGCCGAUGGCAUCCAUAUGACUUCACAUUCCUGACUACCAGUGCCGAUAAAUCGGCCACUCUAUGGGCACUACCACAAUAAUGAUAACACUAUUUGACUUAACACUUACACUGAUGAUAUUAUUAUUAUUAUUAUAACAGUAUA